AACAUUGACGGCGUUGGUACUCUACCACCCGUUCUCCUGCUUCCAUAAAUUUCUUAGUAUAUCGUACACUAUUUACACAAAAUGGCUUCUACAAGUUCUGCUGGCCAUGCUGAUGAUAGACGUAUUUGGGUGGGUAAUUUGGAUCCCAGACUAAACGAGUAUCACCUCCUGAAAGUUGUGCAGAAAUGUGGCGAGAUUGAAAAAUUCGAUAUGCUAUUCCACAAAGGUGGUCCCCUGCAGGGCCAAUCCCGUGGUUAUGCUUUCGUUACCUUUGUCAAGGCCAGUGCAGCUGUGAUAGCCUUGGAAAAACUAAAUGGCCACAUGAUAUUGAAUCGGCCCAUUGCAGUGAGAAUGGCAAAAAAUAUCAAUUAUGAUGAAUUUGAGCGCCCCAAACCAAAGAUCGAAAUUCCUGCUCUGGGCACUGGUAAACGUGAGGGGAAAAUUACUCGAGAAGAGGCCAUUAAAGCCAUUGAACAAAAACUAAAAAUCAUUGAAUCUCAAGGUGAUGAUAUCGAUUUCGAUCAACCUGCUGCGGGACCUGUAAUACCUUUAAUACAAAAAUAUCAAUUCAACAAGGAUCGAGAUGCCAAAACAGCUACAACGGCAACACAACGUCGUCCGUAUCAUAAAACCAGUGGCCCCUAUAACAGGCACCAAAGACCGAAAAGAAGAUAAAACGCCAUACUCACGAUGAUGCGGAGUACUUAUAAGUUUCAAACCAUUUUCACAACUUUUUGACCAUCCCCUGUGUUAUGUUUAUAAGCCUCACAACAAACAACUACCUUAACAAAUCUCCCUAUUGCUAGAGGGACUAAUAAAAACUUAAUUGUAUUUUAGCAAAAUUUAAUAGCAACAACAA